GCUGGUGAAUCUGGGAAGAGUACAAUUGUGAAGCAGAUGAAAAUUAUCCACGAGGCUGGUUAUUCGGAGGAAGAAUGUAAACAAUACAAAGCAGUGGUCUACAGUAACACCAUCCAGUCAAUCAUUGCUAUCAUUAGGGCCAUGGGGAGGUUGAAGAUAGACUUUGGUGACUCAGCUCGGGCGGAUGAUGCCCGCCAACUCUUUGUACUUGCUGGAGCUGCAGAAGAAGGCUUUAUGACUGCAGAACUUGCUGGAGUUAUAAAGAGAUUGUGGAAAGAUAGUGGUGUGCAAGCUUGUUUCAACAGAUCCCGAGAGUACCAGCUUAAUGAUUCUGCAGCAUACUACUUGAAUGACUUGGACAGAAUAGCACAAUCCAAUUAUAUCCCAACUCAGCAAGAUGUGCUGAGAACUCGAGUGAAAACUACAGGAAUUGUUGAAACCCAUUUCACUUUCAAAGAUCUUCAUUUUAAAAUGUUUGAUGUGGGAGGUCAGAGGUCUGAGCGGAAGAAGUGGAUUCAUUGCUUCGAGGGAGUGACCGCCAUCAUCUUCUGUGUGGCACUGAGUGACUAUGACCUAGUUCUAGCUGAAGAUGAAGAAAUGAAUCGAAUGCAUGAAAGCAUGAAAUUGUUCGACAGCAUAUGUAACAACAAAUGGUUUACAGAUACAUCUAUUAUACUUUUUCUAAACAAGAAGGAUCUCUUCGAAGAAAAAAUCAAAAAGAGCCCUCUCACUAUUUGCUAUCCAGAAUAUGCAGGAUCAAAUACAUAUGAAGAGGCAGCUGCAUAUAUUCAGUGUCAGUUUGAAGACCUCAAUAAAAGAAAGGACACAAAGGAAAUAUACACCCACUUCACAUGUGCCACAGAUACUAAGAAUGUGCAGUUUGUUUUUGAUGCUGUAACAGAUGUCAUCAUAAAAAAUAAUCUAAAAGAUUGUGGUCUCUUCUAAGUUUUGCAGUUAAUGAUAAAAUGCAUUUUCAAACCAAAUGAAUACUUAUAUAUGGAUCUCUCUAGACUAGAGUCGUGCAGUGACACAGAAUGUAGUAUAGCAAAUGCAUCGUGGACCUGACCAAAGUUGUUCUCUUUUGUGUCUUUAACUGAAAGUGAUACAAGGACCUUUCUUAAAGCUUAAAGGUGGUCCUGCAGUGUGAAAGUGAAGGACAGUGUUAAGGCUGGGCUCUAGUGUAUUGAUGAUUUCUGUGUAAGUGUAAAUAUCCAAAUGUAUGUAUAAUGUAUUUAUAACUUUAAUUUUCCAUAUUUCUUUUAGGUUUUAAGAGUGGCAAUUUACAAUUCUAGUGUGAUGGCUUUGGAAAUAACAUAAAUAUUAAGUAUCUUGUACUAAAUGACAGAUUAUUUACUGUGUUUGGCAGUUUUAAACAGCUUUAUUUAUGUUCAUGUCCUGUAAAUUUUUAGGUAUAGAAAUUAAUAUUAGGAAAUGUCAUAGCCCUGUCCUUGAUUAUAUGUACACUUGUAUUCAUAAAAAUGUUAUUUGUA